AUGCUCUUCCGCACUGUGCUCCUCUUGCUCUCGAGCUCUGCUCUCAUCAACGCCCAGACGACAGAGCAGCAACCUCAACAACAGCCUCAACAACAGCAUGACCUUCCGAAGGACCACUCGGCUCACGAGUCGGAGCAAGAAUGGGGUCGUCGUGGUGGCGUCUGGCGUGGUGGCGGUGGUGGCUGGCGUGGUGGUGGCUGGCGUGGUGGUGGUGUCUGGCGUGGCGGUGGUGGUGUCUGGCGUGGUGGCUGGGGUGGUGGCGGCUGGGGCGGCGGUGGCUGGAACGGCGCUGGCUGGGGCGGCGCUGGCUGGGGCGGUGUUGGCUGGAACACUGGUGGCAAUUGCGGCUGGAACGGCGGCUGGAACCAAGGCUGCUGGUAG